UUCAGUCAAGAAACUCGACUGCACCGAAUCACUACUAAGCUAGGUUAAAUUCAUAGGAGCCAGGAGCGCGUUGCUCUUUCUUAGCUGUGCUUACAUGAUAGUGACUUUUCUGCUGAAUCUGUGCCGCGAUUUCUUCCAAGUGAGAAAAUUCGAGUGCCGUAAUUAUUCGUGACGGAUCAUUGGUGUUCUUGAGUUCUCGCAGAUUAAAGGACGAAACAGGCGGGACAGAGACGGCGAGAAUUCAUUGGUUUCUUUUUUUGAUUCCAUAAUUCGAACGCAUGGUGCUCCUGGACUCUUUUUUCGGACUUUUAUUACAAUCCACUGCCAAAAUAAGGGCAGCCUGGUGACAGUGAUGAGUGUUUCUUUGCUUGUGUUCGUCGAAGCCGUUGUCGAGGCUUACGUGACUGUGACCGUGACUGCUGUGCCGCCGCCACCGCGAUGUGCUUCGCAAGCUCGGCCACCAAGGAGAUGCUGAAGACGUGGCACACGAAUUCGUUUAAAUGGUGGCUCUAAGGGGUCUCAUUGGAAAGCAUGAGGGAAAGAACGCCCUCUGCCGACGAUACCCCGAAGAGGGCUCCACCAGCUCCACCCAGAGAAGCGGCCUCGGCGGAUGUAGCUGGUAGCAAGACGAACAGCGAGACGGCAGAAGUUUUCGCCGUGGCGAAGUACCCCUCGGCCGCGGCAUCGUCGUCCACGACGACCCCACCGUCAUCCUUGUCGAGCGUGGACGCCAGGAUGGUUGCCUCCGCCCACAAUCUCGACGAUCCGACCGCGGGCCAUCCGGCGAACGUGAACGGCGACCGCCAACAGCAACAGCAACGCGAGGAGAAGCACGGCCACGUGUACAGAUCGGCGCAGCAGACCGCCCAGGACAAGAGGAGCAGGCUCAGCAACGUGAUCAACAAUCUUAGGAAAAAGGUUCCCGACUCGAGGAACGGGGAGUCGGCUGGGAAGAAGGAGGAGGACGACAGGAACAGCGUGGAGAGGAACCUCGAGACCCUGGAAAAGUACGUGAUGACGGUGUUGAACGGUGUGAUCAAGGACGAGGAGAAUGACAGAGAGGUAAGUAAGAAGAAGGAGGCCGAGAAGAAGAAGGAAGGCGACAAGUUGGCCGAGGAUCGGGAAGAGGACGAGGAUCCGAAGGGUUUGGCCGCCAAGUUCGAACCCUCGAAGCCUAACGAGAGCAGGACAGAGGCAGCCGUCUUCCUCGCGGACAAACCCGACAAACCUGACAAGGAAUUCUCUUUGGAGCUUCGUAAAAUUGAUGCGAGAGGCGAGAACUCUUCGAGGAGCGAGAACUCUUCGAGGAGCGAAGAGUCGGUUUGCGCGGCGUGGAGGGAGAAAAGCCAGGAGAAAAGCCUCCUCCUCCUGUCCGAGGAUGCGUCAGGGAAGGAGAGAGAGACCUCUAAGAGAGGGGAAGAGGAGGAUAACGUUUGCAUAGGUAACGACAAGUGUUCCCCCUGUAAGGAGAUAAAAUGCGAGGAGCAGUCUGUCCAAGAGGCAGGGAGGAAUGAUAAUCAGGAAGAGGAGAGGAGAGAGAAUCGUUCCCUGGGAACGAUCAUUAUGGAGAGAUUGAGCGAGAACUUGUCGGAUGGUGGAAACGUGGAAGGGAGCCUGGUGGAUGAUGCGAAAGAUGACGAAUUGGUUUCUGACAACGUCGAGUUGAGAAACGUGUGCAGAGAUUUGUUGAACGAUCUGUUGAACGAUAUCAAUCAAUUGAUCGACGAGAACAGGCGGAAUAAAGAGGAGACGAAGGCGCGGUUGGAAGGCAUCGAGGAAUCCAAAGAUUCGUCCAGGAUUCAAGAUUUCGCUAUGACGAGUCUUCAUUGUAGUCUGCCCCUGGAUAAAGUGGCCUCAGUGUUGCAGAAUUGUCAGACGAGCGAAUUGCCUGCUCCUCAAUCGCCUUGUUCUUCUUCUUCUUCUUCUUCUUCUUCUUCUUCCUCCUCCUCUUCCUCCUCCUCUUCUUCUUCUUCUUCUUCCCAGGGCUCCAAGUCUCCCAGCAAACCAUCCUCUCCCACCGUCAGACAUCUCUGCCUUUACUGUGAUCGCAAGUUCAUGUCGAUAUCCCUGAGGCAACGGCACACCGAGAGAGUUCAUCAGCAAGGGGGCGGCAGAAGGUCGGAAAGGAACUCGAGGAAACCGUCGCAGAACUGUCAGUAUUGCUCUGAUAGAUGCGCGGAAAGCUUGGAAGGUCUGUUCCAGCACAUGAUCGGCACCCAUGGAGACAAGUACCAUGCUUGUUUGCAGUGCUCUACCAGGUACCUAACCAGGGAGGCUCUAGCAGUUCAUAUGAACGAGAAUCACGGUGUGAAUCUCGCGGAGAGGAAUCUUCAAAUUCAGUCCCUUUCACAGGAGAAGUUGAAGGAAUCCUCUUCCCCCUGCAAGGAGCUAGGCAACCAAAGUCCCCACGACAGGGCAGAUCCGUCGAACCACCCCAAAGAGAGAAGAGGCGAGGAAACUGAUCACGAACACCGAGCGGAAACCAGUUUGCUGAAACCAAUGCACCCGGUGAAAGACAACUUCAGCAAUCCGGGGAGCCCGGAGUUCGACAGUUCCUUUUACAGCAGCGUGAGCUGCAACAUCCGGGAGAAUCUUCUUCAUCAUUUGGAUGGAAAACUUCAGAGCUCGUCGUCUGCUAUAGCGUCGAACGGUGUGUCGAUAACAGAGGCGAAACCUCAGCAGCAACAAUCACAGCAACAACAGUCCUAUUACGAGCACAACGUUAAUCAGAUACAAUUCCCGAUAGAUAUAUCGUUAACAGCCGCGACACCGGUUUAUUCGAAGGAAUACAGUAGCGAGGAGUACGAGAAUAAUAGCGAGUACGCCCAAAAGCCUGGUAAGAGUAAUAGGUCCCAUCCUAGGCGAGUGUCUUUCGAGAAGUACAACUUUCCUAGGAAAUACGACGGGAAAGAGCAGUGGACCUGCUCGAUAAAAGAUCUCAGCAAGUUUGAUAUAUCCACUCAAUUGACACUGAGGAAGAAACAACAGUUGCUCAAGGAGCGUAUAAGUCUGAACAGAUUGCAUCAGCUCACCCUUCUUGGACCUUGCGAGAUCGUCCAGAACGAACAGAAUCACGGCUCUAAAAGUAUCGAUAUAUCUAACAAUUCGGGAAUAGUUGUCGUUAACGAUCCAGAUAUUGAACAGACAUCCCGUUGCGAAGCUCUGAAAUCGUCGAUGGAGAACAAACACGAAUGUUCCGAAGUGAAAUCGCUUCAGGGUACCGAGUUCACUGUAGAAUUUGGCAACUUUUUGAGGUUAAGGAAAUGGGACGAGAAGAUGACUAUCGAGGCUGCCAAAAAUCAGGAAGUUGUUUACGCCGAGUUGACAGGGGAAUGGUCGAGGCCGAGGGUCUACAUCUGCGGCGCCUGCGCUUCCAAACAUGUAACCUUGAAAGAUAUGGAGGACCAUAAAGCGAUGACUCAUCCAAAUGUCUGGUGUUCGCAUUUCGAGUUCUCCGGUGAUCAAAGAGAACUGUAUAAACAUUUGUUUCUACCAGGAAAGGAUAUGCCUACAGCAAAAGCAAGAACGGCUAUUUUACCAGAAAAGGUGUGCACCAAGUGUUCAAAGAACUGUACGACUUUACCAGAGUUGCAUAGGCAUAUGUUGGAGUGUGGAGGAGAUCAAGCUUGGCUAUUAGGACUGUUCGGCAAUGGAAAGAAAAAGUGCAAGUGGAGACCGUUUGGAAGUCGUAGUAGAAGACGAAGGCAGCGUGGCAUGAAGAGAAAUAUUCAAAAUUCUCAAACUCCAAGGGUGAAUACUCCUAAAGAAAAACAACCCACGGGACCGAGAGUUAGACCCAGUGAUAGGGAAAGCAUACAAAAGAUGUUGGCCAACUUACCUGCAAAAAGAGCUACCAGAAAAGUGUUGCAAGACAAUACAUUGAAGACACAGGGUAGACUACGUACUGCGCAAACCGGGAGAACGAGGCCGCGAAUGGUCGGCGAUAAUUCAACCGCUUCCCGUAUGUCCCGGAACAAGGCCGUCCUGAGGAACAAGCUGCUGAAGAACGCCAAGUCGAUCCAACGGAAUCGUUGCCGGAUCGACAACAUAUCGGCCGUCAUCGAGAGCGUGGUGAGAAAUUACACGCCUCGCGACGAGAGGAGGUCGGGCGACAAGUUGGAGGAUGUCGGGGGGGAGGGAGGAGGGGUCACCGUCGAUAGAAAAGAAACCAAAGAGAGGGAUCCCAUCGCGUUGGAUGCGUGCACCAACGUUAUUGUUCCGGACGAGACGAGGGGCGGCAGAGGUAAUAAAGUGGCGAGGGGGCCGAGGGUGUUGGGCAAGAGAAGGAACGUGAGGGCGAAACUGAGCGCUUUGGAUCAAGCUAAGAGGACUGGCAACGCCUUCAAGGCGUCCAAAUCGUCGUCCAGAGCCGCCUCCUCGAGGAAUCUCACCUCGGAAACGAAGGGAGAGCCGGGUUUCGAGGCCGCGAAACCGACCUCCUCCUCGAAAACCAAAUUCUCUCCCCUCCCUGGGGGGCUGGAGAACGAGAUCUCGGAGUUGGCCGACACAGAGGUUGAUCCAGGCGAGAAGUCGAAAUCUCCUAGCCCAUCUAUUAAAGGAAAACCUUCCUCUUCCUCCUCCUCCUCUUCCUCCUCCUCCUCCUCCUCCUCCUCCUCCUCCUCCUCGUCUUCAUCCGUUCAGACCACGCCUAAAAGGAAACGGCCGGUGGAUCCUGUUGCUUCGUUGAACGCCUCCAUCAAAGCCAAGUCCCAGCUGAGGACCCAGGAUGGGAAAUUCGCGAGGAAUCCCAACAAGGAGUUCCUGUCCCCCGUUCACAAACCACCCGGUGAGAUGAGGUGUCCCGUUUCCGGCCGGUUGACGGCGAAGCUGAGGAACGGCGAGGCAGGGGGAGGAGGGGGGCAGCAGGAGUCGUCCGUCACGAGGUCGAAAUUGAGGGAGAUGUUCAAGAGCGGCAAGGAUGGCAACGAGCAACAGGUGGCGGCGCCGAAGAGGAUCACGAGGCUCUCCUCCGACAGCGACAAGAUGCCCACGUUGGAGCCCGCCGUCCUCCAAGCGUCCUCCAACUCGUCCAACUUGGAGGAGUACUCGGAGGCGUCGGCCAACGUGGAUCUACCGAUCCUGUCCCCGGCCACAGCCACCUCAGGCCAGGAGAAAGUAAGCCUGCCGCGUGGCAAGGGUGCGAUUGUCGGCAGGAACUUGGGCGGAGGGAGAAGCUCGGAGGCGGAAGGCGAGAGAAUGGAGAUUGAAGGGAGAGGCAGGGAGCGCGAGGUGGAAGAAUCGGAGAGGGAUGAAAAAUCGGUAAAGGGGAGGAGGGCGAGGGGGGAGAGCGCGAGAAAUUUGGACGUUUCGAGGGAGGAAGGGAGAGUUAAGGAGAAAUUGAAGAGGAGAAGCGCCCCGGCAAGGAUAAUACUACAGGAGGAGAGGAGAGGUGAGAAGAAGAGUGGGGAAGAGGCGAGGAGGGAAGCGAAACAGAGGAAGGAGGAGGGGAAAUUGGAAACGAGAGGCAGCAAGACGAAAUUGGAGAGAGCGUUGGUCGUGGUGGAUGACAGCCCGUUAAAGAUUCAGAGCGUCCCUUUCGAGGUGAAGAAGUUGAUAGGGUCGGACAGUAAGGAGGACCUGUUGACGAAGUUGGCGUUGACGUCGAGGAUCGCCACCUCGAAACGUUGCCUCAGACAGCCCGUAAAAUUCAAAUUCGAGCAGGAGAGAGGUAAAUUUCGCAGGGAUUUGGAUUUGGAAGGGGCCCAACUUGAUUCGGGAUCCGUCUCGGACGCUUCCACGAAGAAGGAGAAGUUGGACGCCAGGAGGAAGUCGUUGAGGAAAACGGAGAAGAAGGAGAGGAUUAUUGGGUCUAAGGAUGAGAAAGCGUUGGAGGACGGUUGUAACGGGAUGAGGGAGGGGGCGGUGAACGAGGCGAGAACGGCGGUCAGGGGGCGAAGGAGCAGCAGUCUGUCGAACGAGGGUAAAUCAUCCUGUCAAAUGUCCGACUGUCAAAACAAGUCGGAGCUCGAAACGGUGGACAAGAGGCAAACUAGGGGCUCGUUGUUGAAUUCCUCCGAGGGUGAAGUCCAAAAUCACGAGCUCGUGGACGUCGGCGGGUCGACGAAGAGGAACAGUUUUGGAAAAAGGCGAGGUAGAAUUAAAUCCGUGAGCAAUCUGGAAAUGAUCGAUAAAAAGAGCAUCGAGGCGUCAAAGAACGUGGUGGCGGUGGUGGUGGAAACUGGCAAGAGUGAUUCGGCCGAGGUUAUCGAUAAAGUUAAUUCGGUGGAGCAGAACGAGGUAAACACUGAUUGCAAAAAGGAUGUCGCGAGCGGGGAGAUUAAGGUAGCGAGGAGCAAGGAAGAAGGGAACGAGAAAGCGUUGUCCAACUGUUGCGAGAGGGAGGAAUCGAAAGAAAUUAGUAAUUUUUCAGGGAACGGUGAGGCAAUCAAGGUGAAUGAGAAUUUAAAUUUACAAUUGGAAACGAGCAACUCCAUGGACAGUGGUAAGGAGAACGCGUUGGAAAAGCCUGCACCCGUUCAAAAGUUGAAAGUUGGCAGGCCCAGGAAAUCGUGGGGGGUCAAGAAAGAGAGAGUUUCGAAAAGAUCUUUGAACAACGUAAUUGGCAUUCUUACAGAAGGAAUGAACAUCCCGGCAGAGGCUCAACAAAAUGUUUUAAACGCGCAAACAACCGUGGACAACGUGGAAUCUAACGUGGAAUCUUUUCAAAACAACGUUCAACAAUCCAGCGAUGAAACCUCGAUCAAGUCGCAAAAUUUGGAUAGAAAUGUUAAAUCAUCGAGAAACACCGUUCAAGAGUCGAUGAAUAAUUUCGAUCAAUUGAUCGAGAGUACGUCUCCCGUUCAGAAGGUUGCCGCGGAAAAUUUGAAGCGGGAUCCCGAGGUUCCAGAAACUUCCAUCAAGGAUUCGAACUUGGAACUUAAAUCAAUGGAGAACAAUCGAAAAGUGGAAUCGUUCACCAAAGAUGCGACUGGGGAACAACCAAUGUCCCCAACCAACGAUAUCAUUUUGGAUUUGUCGAGGAGGAAGCAGAAGGGUAAAGGGUCGUUCUUAGAGAGAAUAGUUUCGAAGAUAGCCAAACAGAAAGAUGCUUUGCUCGAGGGUGAGGUUGGCUCUCUAUUGGACACCGCUGCUGACGAACUCACCAGCAUAUUGGAGGAAGUAGGGCCUGCUUUCACAGAGGUCGGUAUCGACAAUUCAGCUGAACCGAAAGUUAAAAGUAAAACACAGGAGAUUCAAGUUCGAGAUAACAACAAGCAACGAGAAAUUAUCAAAGAAUCGACUAAUGAGAAUAUUUUAACACCCGAUACUUGUGAUAAGAAUUUGUGUGAAAACGAUGAUUCUGGUGUUGAUGAAACUGAACUGAAAGGGAGGGCAAACUCGAUGGAGGAGGAACGCGUUAAAAAAUUAGAGACCAACGUUUGUGACGUAGAAGAUGGAUUUACGAAUGCUUGCAAGAAAGAAGAAAUUGCUGAUAAACGGAUAGAAACGAAAUUGCGAGAAGAGAAACAAGACACGAGAAACGAGACAUGUUCGGGCGAGAAAGUGACACGCCAUAAUGAAAUCGUCGUACAUUCUGAUGAAAGUGAAAUUCGAUUAUCCGUUGCCGAGAACGUUGGUUUGGAUUCUCUGCAAGAAGUGGAAAGUUCUUCCGUGGAGAAUUUGUCGAGGCCGGGAGAAGAAUCGAUGAACGAAGAGGUGGGCGAAGAGACAAGGAUGAAAAGGAGGUCGAAAAAGAGGGGAUUGGAGAGGAAAUCGGCAAAGAAGAACAAAAGAAAGUCCGUUGAGUCGGCAGGUAAUAAUACAGAGGAGAAUUUAAUUUCCGAGAAUUUGCAUUUGACCAAUGACGUGGCGAGAUCAAUUGAGAAAUCAAAGCAAGUGCCUUCUACCAAAGAAAACAUUAAAAACGACUUAUCUACUGAAAUUAACGAAAAUAGAAUAGAAUGUUACGCGAAGGAAACUGACGCAUCCGAAACAACGGAUUCGAUGGACAAAAAGGAUAUACUGGAAAAUUUUUGUGAAAAUAAUAAGAAUUCCGAAGACGAUUUAGAAGAACACGUAGCCACAAAUGAAGAAGAAUCCGUUGCCAGUGUUGUGACGAGAAAUGAGGAGAAGAAAUCGCACGUGGAAACGUUGGAUCUGUACUCGAAAGUCGAAUUGUCAACGAGAAGAUCUUCCAAGAAACCUCCUCAUGAGGAAGGAAAAACGAAUGAAUUUAUCGAUGGAAAAACAGAAUUGGAAUCAAUUGAUCCUCCCGCAGAGGAAGUAUCGUCGGAGAACGCGACCAGAGGAUCGAGGAGAAGGUCUUUCAGAACGAAAUCUACGAUUCAAUCUCGAGACGAGGAGAGAAGCGAACAGGGAACUGAAACCCCCGAGACCCCUGCACCAACCGUUGAAGAAAAUCCCGAAGUGCCUUCGGAAGAGCCGUCUAAAAAUCUUGAGAUCACGAGAAACGAAGUUCCAAAUAUCGAAACGACAACGUUCUCAAACACCUCAUUGGAAGCGCCAAUAAUAACGAAUCGAGAUAGAGAUGGGACGGGUGAAGAGGGCAAAGUUGUACAAAAUCGAUCGGUCUGCGAAGAAACCGACGUGCCGGUUGUCAAAGUGCCAAAGAAGCGUGGUAGGAAAAAGAAAUGUUUGACGAUUGACAAAUCCCAAGAGAGUACAAAAGAUUCGAAAUCGUUCGAAUCGGUAAACCAACUUCCUAGAAGAUCUUUGAGAACGAACAGAGCGUUGGUGAGCUUUGAGGAGGGCGAGGAUCGGAGCAGCAAGAAUUCCGGCAACAACGAUCUACGGAUCGCUACAGAUCUACGUGUGACUCCAGGGCCGAGUCUAGAAACGUUCAAGGUUCCAGAGGUGACGGAGAUGUUGCAACACACGAAGAAGAGAACGUACAAAAGAAGAUCGGCCGUUGACGAGGGCCAGCCGGAUAAUCAGAGUAAUUCCCAGCCGGAAGUCGAAACGAGUGGCGUGGAGUGCCAAGCAGAGGUAAGCAAGAUGGAGAAGGAGGAAGAAUCAGGAUCCCCGGAAGAUGGAAAACUCGCCUCGGUCUCGGAACAAUCCGAUCCAGAGAAAUCGAACUGGACGCCCGUUGACCCGAUUCAGACAGGUAAAACUAGGUCGUCGAAGAGGAAGCAACUAUCCACGGAGGACUUGUCCGGCCAGGAGGUGCGAUCGAAUUCCGUGCAAGCCGGGAGCGCGGAAAAUUUGUCAGAGGCGUCUUGUACGAGCGAUUUCAGUUAUUUGAGAAGGAAACGUUUCUCGAAGAAGAGGAAGGAGUUGCGUUCGGAAGAAGUGCAGACCGACACCUCUAUCACCGACUCGGAAUCGGAAAGGAACACGGACAGGAGGCAGAGUUUGAAGAGGAGGGCCAAGAAGAAUAUAUCGUUCUUCGCGGAAUUCUACUUGAUGGACGAUUUCGACAUUCCAAUGGAUAUACAGGAUUGCGUGAGGCGAGACGAGAGGAAGAAGGAUGAUGAAGAAGGCGAUCGAGAAUCGUUAGAGUCUGGAUCUAAACGCGAGGAUAGAGCGGGGGAUAAAUCAUCGAUGGAGGGAAUCGAGCGUUCGAACGAAAUGGCGGAAGGCGAAAAAUCGGGAGACGAGGUUCCUGCGAAGGAAGGGAACGCGAUGGAGGACUCUGAUAGGUUGAUCGUUGAGGAUGAAGAAGACGGGGAGGAGGAGGAGGAGGAGGAGGGGGAGGAGGAAGGGGAGGAGGAGGGGGACGAAGAAGAGGAGGAGGCGAAGGAGGAUGGGGAGAAAAUGGAGGACGAGAGGUUGGUGAACAGCAGGACGGAGGAUGAUUUCCAGACGCCGAAGAAGAGAGGGGCUGGUAAUUACGUGGUUGUCCACAAGAAGACGGGUGAGAUACUGAUCGUGGAGAAGAGGAAGAAGCUGACGAAGGAGGCUGCCAAGUUCUUCUGCAAUGUUUGCACAACUAGUUUCACGAGGAAGAGCUCUCUGAAGAAGCACAACCAGUCUCAGUCUCAUUUAUCGCAAAAGUCGAAAAAGGAUAAAACGUUCUCCGCGGAGAAUGGAAGCGAAAAUGCAGACGAUCCUUGCGCACACACUGGUCACAAUGAUACUUCGAGCGAUGAAAAUAGAAGCGUGACCGACGAAUCAUCGGUAAAUGUUUCUUCGAAGGAGGACGAUGCUGAAAAAGUGGUGGUUCACGGUGCAAAUUCCAUCGUUGAUGACCGGAUGGAAUUGGAUCAUACGAAUUCAAUCUGCUUCGCCGAUCCCUUGGAACAGGAUUCCUUGACCACCUCUCAACCCCAUCAUCAACGCAUACUCGAAGACGAACUUUUGGACGAGGAAAUCUGUAAGAUCACCGAGAACAUGAGCCACGACGAGUACGUUAUCAUGGAUCAAAUCAGCCCUGAAUCCACGUCAACCCCUAUAAAAAUGGAAGCCAAAAACGUGGAGGAAAUUGGCAAGAAGAGGAAGUACGAAAAGAGGAAGGAGAAGGCGAGGGAAAGGAGUCCAAUCGAGGGGCAAAUCAUUUUGGAUAGGCCUGUAUCGGAGAACCCUAAGGAAAAUUCAUCGUUGGCGCGCGUACUAGAUGCAAGCAUGUCCAUCAAAAUUGUAAAUUCUUCGCAUUUUGACGCGACAGAGUCAUCCGACGUUGCAAAUAUAUUGGAGGAUCCGCUCAAGAAUCCUGUUGGGAACAAUAUGGAAUUAGCAGGAGGAAGUGUUUCAAGGAUGGAAAAGAACGAUGAUUUUCAGGAACGGUGUUUGGAUUGCGCUCGAAAAUUGGAAGAGAGGCAGGAGGAUGUGGGAACAGGGGACCCACCAAUGAACAGAGAAAUGGCGAGUGAAAUGGCGAAUGUUGUAUAUACGAGUAUAAAUUAUAAAUUAGAUACCAACGAUAAGACUGAGAAUUUUUCAAAUGUUAGGUUAGACGAUAGAGACGAAAAGGAUCAGCCGUGCGAGCGUGUAAGUUUAAAGUUGACCAUAAAUAAACGAAGUAUAGAAGCUUGCAAAGAAAUCGAUUCUGAGAGCAGCAACAGCUUCAAGUUGAAUUACUUGAACACGUUUGAUACCGAUCUCGACGACGUUGUUAAUAGCAAUUCGAAGAAAAAUUAUGAAAAUAACGCGUUGGAGAUUGAGCCGAACAACGAAUCCGAUAAUUCGAAAACCGAAGUUGGCGGUGAAUUUGAUCAAAACUCGAGCCCUGGCUUGUCCAAAAGUUUCAAGACGAUGGACGAUGGAAAGAAGAAUUUGGGGAAUAAUCCUGAACUGGACGGCAACGGUUUCGAGGAAGAAAGCACAACGAUGAAUCGUGAAUCGUUCCUAAGAGACGACGAACAGAACGAACCCGAGAGAACGCCACGACACGGGAGAUCGAAGAAAGGUAGACCCAGGAAACACGCGCAGGAGGCGGAAAACGGGUCGAAAACGGAGUCUAAAUCUAAAACCUCUGCCAAAUCUAAAAUUAAUCAAAAUAAAUUCGACGAUAUCUCAAGUGACAAAAACCCGAUCGAAUCUUCGAAAACUUUCGACACCGAUGAAAGGUUCAGGUGUUGGACAUCCUCGUCGAAAUCGGAUGAAGAUAACGCAUUAAAGAACGACGAUAAAUACGAACCUGAUAGAAUUGCGGCGAAAAUCGAAUCAUCUAAACCUGAAUCACUGGGUGAAGAAAGUACUUCCGAAGGGAAGAAGAAGUCGACGAGGGAGGACGAUCGAAUCGAAUCUUUCCGUUCCGUGGACGACUACGACGAGGCUUCGUCUUCGUCCAGCCUCGCCGACAAACCGUUGUCGCAAGUCUUGUUGGAAAGAGAAGGGAGAUUAGAAAUGUACAAGAGACGGGGAUCUCUCCGCGUAAACAUUCCGCAACAUUCUGAAACGAGAUCGAAAGAGGGAUCGCAAGUCGGGGAUAUUGACACUGGUGAAACGAACGAACGUGAUAUCGAUGAUAAUUCAUUGGACGAGUUGAGCGAGAAUCGAAAAGAUGGUAAAAAGAGGUCGACGAAUAACGACGAGUUCCUGGGGAUCGCGUCGGACGAGGAAGCUGAAAGAACGUUGAAAGAUUCCGAUAAGGAUUCGAGAAGUUCGUCGGAAUCGGAAAACGAAGGGAAUUCGUCGAUGGAAAACGAUAAAGAGGUGUACGAAGGGAAAGUGACGAGUCGGAAAUCGGGCAUCGAUCGUGAAAAUUCGAGCAAAAAGGCGCCAAGGAGUCGCAAAUAUUCGAACAAUCAGAAGGGAUCGAGAGGGAGGAGAUGUUGCGUAAGGAGUAAGAUAAAUAGCGAUCUUAAUAGCGAAAGCGACGAGAGCGAGGUCGAGGAUAAGAUCGAGUCGCAGAACAAGAGCAAAAUAGUGAAAAGCGUGUUUGGCAGAGUGUUUGGCAGCGGUGAAAAGCCAGACAAAGUGAAGGAAGUGUUGAACGAUUGGGUGUCCAAAUCGGAGGAUGACUCGGAUCUCUCGAGGACAGGUUUUAGAUUCUCUAACGAAGCUAAGAGCAAAGAGUCCUCCAGCGACAAAAAAAGGCACACAUCGUUUACCCCUUCUAGUUCUCCCAGCAAGCGUUCUGGGAAAAAGUUGAAAAAAAGUUCUUCCUCGGCGGAGAGAGGCAAAGAGACAAGUCUGACACUGGAAGAAGAAGAGGAGGAGGAGGAGGAGGAGGAGGAGGAGGAGGAAGAGGAGGAGGAGGAAGAAGAAGAUCAAAUGGAGCAUCGUUCUUCCAGAAAGCAUUCGAAAUCGAAGAACAACUCCGGUAACAGGAGGAAGCACGAUGUAGAUUACUUCUUGUCUUUACCAUCUACCAAAUGCAGACAAAGUAAGAAGAGGGCUGAAGAAUUAAUUUCGAGAACUUUCGAGGACGAUUACCUGGAUUUGAUUGGCAAAAGCCAAAGAUCGUUGAAAUACAAGGAACCGAAUUAUGGAUUGAGGAAUCAAGGCAAGCCUGACUUGUUGAUCAAGGACAGUGGCUACGGGUCCUUCAACUAUGAUGAGGAUUCCUCCAAAAUGGUCGCUUUGGAAGAGUCUGUAGAAGAUGAUCAGAAGGCCAAAAGAAGGAAAUUAUCAUGUUCCAGGAAGAGUAAAGGCAAGGGUGAAGAAGAAGGUUGGAGGGAUCUGACGAAUGAUAGGAGAAGUUUGGAGAAUACCAAGGAUUUAGACGAAGACAAGGAAGACAAUUUCGUCAAGGAUUUCCCUGAGGCAGAACCACCUCUGGCUGGAGGUAGACUAUCAGUUGACCUAGAUUCUUCUCGUAGUUGUAGCAGUCUGGCGCCCAGUAGCGUGAGGAAUAGAUCCCCGAGUAUGGACAGAAACUCUCAAACCACUAGAAACUCUGAUAUGAACGACGAAGAAGAUGAGAAUAUCGCCCACAGACGAAUAUCUCCUUUCUUCGUCUGCGGGACACCUAGAAGUUCCGUGGAGAGUAGCUCGAACAGUGAAAACGAAGAACAAGAUGAGACAUUAAUCGUUAACCAGGUUGCAACUAGAAAGAGAAGUUCAAGCGAGUUUUCUAGCGAGAAGAUUGUGAUCAGAUCGCCUUCUUCGAUCCACAAGAGCGAGGUCGUCACUAUAGCACCCACCGACGCCAUAGAAGACAACGCUUUGGAUGUUCCACAGGAGAUAGAGGUGGCGAAGCCUAGACAGGGCAAGGUAUUGAAUUUUGACGAGGAACUGUUUGUCGAGUGUUGCUCCAGAUUGAAAGCCACCACUGAAAACGAACUCAGAGGCGCUAAGAAGAUCAAGCUUGAUCACAAUGAAGGUUAUCAUAAGAAGGAUGAUCAGCAUCAAGGAUUCAGAGGGCCUAAGGAUCGAUGGAGGGACGUGGAGAGUCAGAACAGUUUGGGAAGUCUAUUGGAAUCGGUAAAUCAGUUACUGGGCGAAGAGAUGUACAGCACCAGAGAAAGGGAUUACCAAAAGCAUGGCAGUAGAAAUCUAAGGAGUGAGCACUCCAGCAGAUCAGCCAGUCCUGACAUGGCCAGAGCAGAUAAUCUGGGCUACGAAGACAGUCUGGACGUUGCAUUCGAGCACAACAACAAGCUCAGAGACAAAAUUCAACAGCGCAUGAGAGAGAGCGAGAAUCUGAUAGCCAGCACGUUUGGCCAGAAGAGCAAUAACGAGUUGAUACGGGGUGAACGAGGCUUUUCUAAGAAGAAUGAAUUGGCUAUCACGAAAAAUUCGUAUUCUACUAGUCUGCAAGAUCAAGGACACAUGACUGGUUCGAAUCUGUCGGAUGGAGACUACAAUCCUUUGCACAGUAGAGACCCGCAAGAGGAGCACAACGAUAGAAAAAUGAAUGUGGAAUCAUCAGGGCUCAAGGGUAAAAUGAACUCCUCAUUAGGUGGUUUACUGGACAAAGCAUUAUCUAACUUAUGGCACAGCAAUGAAAAACAUGAUCACAAUGGAUCCACGCCAAUGAAGGUUUUAGCCGAACUAGCAUGUGCUCGUGCCCCAACAUCCACAGCUGAGGAUCCAGCUUCCAAAGAAGUGAUUCAACCUACGAAGAUUUCUUUGACCAAGGAUUCAGUUCCUGAACCAAACCCUAUAACCAUGUCCAAAGAUUUACAGAAGAAAUCUAGGAAUCCUAUCAAAGAACUUUUCGAGAGGAAAAAAGAAAUGAACGAGAGGAAACAACAAGAGAAGUCAAAAACAGAUGCAGCUCUUCGAGAAAUAAAUAUACACAAACAACGCAAAGCCAAAAAGACAAAAAAACAUCAAGAUUUUCCUUUGAUCCGCCGUAAUGAACACGGAGGUCUGGUUGAAAGGAAAAAACGUCGUGAUGGAUUUGAGAGGAAAGAAGAAUUUGUCUCGGAUAAGAUCAAGGAUAUUUAUGAAUUUGACGAGGAGGAAAGUCAAAUAGAAACUAAUCUGGGUAGUGUUAUGUCUUACAGAAGUAAGCCAGGAUAUGAAAUAAACUGUUUGAAAACCAAAGAAAUAGAUAUGACUGGCUUAAUGUCCAAGACUAUCGGAGAUAAUCUAGAAAAUGCAAAAACUGAUGAUGCUUUAAAUGACAGAUUAGAAUCUGUGAUUGAUAAAAAGUUCAAGAAACUGGAAAAGUUUGCUCCAAAAACGAAGGGCGCUUUGAAAUCUUUCCAGAGUGAGGAUCAACAACAACAGAUUACUGGACCUAUGGAUGAAUUUGUAGAAAGAAAGCAAUCAAAAGGUAAAAGAUCUGUAGAGCAAUCUCUGAAACAUUCGAAAUUGAAGAAACGUAACAAAAAUUCUAAAAAAAAGACUAGGAAUGCAUGGUACGAAAAUGAUAGCUCUGAUGAAUACAGAACUGCUAUAAAAGCUGAAGAUAUUGGUGUAGGUAUUUCAAAGAGUCAAAGAACAUGUUCGAAAGGGAAACAAAAUAUUUUUGCAGAAUUAUACACUUCAUCUGAAAGUGAAUUUGAAGACGAGGAAACGGACUAUGAAUCGAGAAAACAGAGAAGAGUGAAAAAGAGCAAUAAGAAAAUAACUGAAUUAGAAAAUGUGGAACAAAGUCAGGAAUCGAUUAAUAAAUAUCAAAUCUCUUCCGAAGACGAAGAUCAUGUUGAUAAUUGGAGGGAUGAAAAUUCGAAGAAUGAUAUCUCUAAGCAUGAUUGUGAUAACAAAAAAUCUGAAUCAGAAAUGUCAGAUCAUCCUUUGGUUAUCGAUGAGAGGAAAGAUAUAGAUGAACAAAGGAAUAGCGAUGAUGAAACUGAAAAUCAAUACGAGAGGAACUUUGAAAUGGAUGAUCUAUAUAGAGAAGACAGUUCCGUUGUUGAUUCAGAAGAGGAAGAUUCAGCUCCUCUCACUGAGUUAUCAAAAGAUCCAGAAGAAUUCAGAUCAAAUGGUCCAAACCUAUCAGAAGAAAAUACUGAUACUAAGAAAGAUUACAUACAGGAAAAUGAAUUGAUUCCACUUGAGGAAGCCUUAGAUCUUCUAGAUCAAGCUGACAACGGAAAUUCUGUAGGAACAAAAUAUGAUAAUGUAAACAAAACUAGUAAGUCUAUUGAACACGUGAACUCAAUGGUAACAACAGAACCUGAAAAUGAAUUUAAUCCUAAUAAAGAAGUAGCAAAAUCUCCUGUUCCUAUAGAUGUACAGGAGGAAGAACCUGACAAUGAACUCCUAGUCUUACCUGAAAAAUUAUCAAGCAAUGAAAAACCGCAAAAAGAAUCUGAAAAUCUUCCAUUACAUGUAUUUUUAAGUAGAAAAGUGCAAGAGUCAAAGAAGAGAAAAGAACAACAACUGAAGAAAAUGCAAGAAGAACAAGAAAGAAUAUUAAUGGAUUUCCAGCCUACUAGAAGACAGAGAAAAUGUGCUAUUGGCAAACAAGGAUUGUUGGCAGAGAUUAGUAGCUCUGAUGAAGAAAUGAAUUCAAAAGAUAAAAAAGUAAAUGAUAAAUCAGAUCAUGAUAAACCACGAAAACAGAAGAGAGAAUCAAAGGAAAAGAGGAAAGAAAGAUAUAUAGAAAAAAAACACGAACAAAUGAUAGCUAAGGAACAAAAGGCUAUCGAGGAGGAAAUUCUGCGAGAAGUUGGAAAGAAAAAAGAGUCUCUUGCACAAAGUGUUGCAGAUGCAAAGACAGAUAUUAAUAGUACUAAGGAAUCAGAGAAUACGGAAUCAACGGAAAAUAUAAUAGUACAAGAAUUAUCACAAAAGAAAAAAACUAAGGAAAAACAAAAAAAGCAAAAUAAGACAGACGAAGAUUUUUAUGUUAAGAAUAAUCAUGAAGGAUUGAGCGAUUUAGAGAACAAUUGCAAUAAAUUUAUGUCCAUAGAGAGCAAUCAUGAGAAUGAAAAUAAUCAGCAAGCUCCUGUGAAGCAAAAAAAGCACUCUAAGUCUUUGACAAAGCCAAAAAAGACUUCGAAAUUAGAUCAAAAAAUGACAACAGGUAAAAAGAACAAGAAUACGAAUUCUGAAAGAAGGAAUAGGACAGAUUCGAAAGGAUCAAAGGAUAAGGAACGUAGGUCUUCUAGUGGCAAACGAGAUUCUGGCGAUGAAGAAUUGAAGACGACAAAAUCUUGGAAUAAAGUCGAAGAAGGAGUUGGAGUCGCUAUUGGCCGACGAAAAAGAGCAGCUGCUAAUCAGUUAUAUUAUUGGUCGAGCUCCAGUGACGAAGAGGAAAUGCUCGAAAUAAUCCCUACAGUUGAAGAGGAAGAAGAUGAUCGUCAAGAGCAACACGGUUGGAUCGUUGGCGAUUCUCAUAAAAGAAUGAUUACGAUGCUUGCUAUGGAAAAGCAGCUAAAGGAGAAACGACGGAGAAGCGAGGAAGAAUUUGAGUCUGGCAAAACGAAGAGUAAAAAGCAUAGAAACAGCACUUCUUGAUACGUGUUUCACGAUUAGAUUCGUGUUAAAUUAUUAGAAUCAAACUUGAAUAAUAGACACUUUUGUGGCUAGAUUUCUCUGACUGGAAAUGUGUCGAGGAAUAUAGUUCCUUUUUCAAUGUCAGGUUCAAAGUUAUGAAAUUUGAAAUAAGAACUGCGAUUCUUAAUACAUAUUUUAUAAAUAGAAUCAUCUGAGGAAUUAGAACAAGUGAUUGAAUACAAAUAUGUUAUGUCAGACAUAACAGAAUUAGGUCAACUGUAAUUUUUAAAGAAAGAGAAAGAGGUAUAUAUAUAUAUAUAUAUAGAAAAGAAGAACAAGAAGAAAGGAGAAACAUAUAAACAGCAACUUUUGAUACAUAUUUCAGGACUUAGGUUUUUCCAAUUAGAAAUGCUCUGAAGAGUCACAUCAUUCUUUUUUCUAAAAAUAAAACUGGAUUUCUUAAUAACAUACAAAAUUACAGUCGAAAAAAAAUGGACUUUUCUAAGGAGAAAUAGUGUAACCGGAUUUUUUGAUACUAGUCUUAGGCUCGCGAAGAUGAACAAAAAUGGUUAGGUUUAUUAAGGUAGCUAAAGGAACAUGUUAGAUAAUAAUGAAAAUCUAAGCCAGCAAUUUUUUUUCAUUAUAAAGACGAUGAACCGAAAGAACAGUCUGUAAAAUUAGAUCACAAGAAAAAAUAUAAAAAUUUAUUAAAUAAAAGUAUAAAAAUCGAAACAAUUAGAGGAGACAGUAUAGCGUAGAAAAAUUAUUAUAGUUAUUUGUAUUUUUCUUCGUGUUUUUUUGCGAAUAUACAAAAUUACGCGAUUGUUAUUGAAAAUUUCUUAAAAAUUAUAUUUUUUCUCUUUUUUCUUUUUUUUUUUUUUUUUUUUUUUAAUUUUCUAGUUGGCGCUCUUAGUUUAUAGAAUAUAGCGCUACAAAUAUUUAUAAUCAACGCUUAUUUGUUCCGUCAAAUACGAUGGAAAUAAUGUGAUCUACUGCCAGAAGAAAUUCCGAUUUCUUUCGAUCAUAUAUAAUUGUUAGCAAGCAAGCGAAAACGUGAAUCGAGAUGUGUGUCGAGUUUUAGAAUGGUAUAGGUCACGUGUUGUAACCAAGUUAUGUAAGAAAAAAAAAACAAUGGCAACUUGUACAUAGCUUGGCAUUAAUAAUAAUAAUAAAAAAAAAGGCUAGUUCGUAUUAUAUUAAGGAUAUAAUAAUUCCAAGCCCUUAUAAAUAAUAUAAAUAUAACCUAAUUUAGACUGAAUGUAAGAAAAUAGCGGAUAUUAAAGGAAAUAACAAAACGAAAAAAAAAGGAUGAGCACCUUUAGACAAUACUAGGGACAUUUGUAAUGUUUUAGUUAACAUAGCGAAUUUUUAGGUGACGAAAAAAGAAUUAAUAAUUAAUUAGAAAAAAAAAAAAAUCGAAGAAUGCAGGAAAAACGUCACAAUUGAUUUAAUUUAUGAAAAAGGACGAUAUAAACUGGGGUCCAAUCGAGUAGCGUGCUUUUGUCAGCUUUUUGUGAUUCGUACAUAUCGCGAUAAUCGAUAAAAAGAAGAAACUGUCAAGCUGUUUUUUGUGACGCGGCAAAUUUUUUUUUUAAAUAAUUCUCCGAACAGAGAUUCAUUUCAAAAGCGUUGCUUUAACGCAAUAGUCAUUGAAAUUUAUGUUUUCUUUAUCUCGUUCGAUUCAUUCGAAUCUUUUUCCCCCUAGAUCUCAUAUCGCAUCAUCAACAAUCCAAUGAUGAUUGCCACAUAUUUAAGGAUAAAGCUUAUAACGAUAAAGGAAUGAUAGCAACUUUCCUUUCGUAUGCCUAGUUGAUGCACAUAAUUCUAAGUACGUAGAUUUUUGUAUGAGUAUGUAUAUAUAUUAUAUAUAUAUAUAUAUAUAUAUAAUAUAUAUAAAUAUUCGGAGCAAAAAAUUAUAUAUAUAUAAAUAUGAAUAUAAAUAUGAAAAGAUAAUUAAAUGUAUAACAGAAAUGAUUAAAAGGAAAAAAAUAAUGAUAUAGAGUUUAAUGUAAAUGUACUGCCAUAAUCAUAUUAUCAUACAAGAGCCUAUGCGAAUAGAUAUAUUAAUAUUAUUCCUGUAAAGACGAAGAACCUGAGAAACACAGUGACAACAUGAUGGUUAGCACAAAGCAAAACUAGGCAACAAUCCGAUUGUAAAUAGAGCAUAUUUUCAAUGUGUCUGGAAAAGUAUGUUUUGUAAUAUAAGGAUUGCAAAGGAAAAAUAAAAUUAUUAAAGAA